AUGACCUUAUUACAGCUAGAAUAUCGUACAAAAGUGCUCUAUUUCAAUUUGAGAUUAGUAUUGUGAAUGUGUCAUGUCAUCUAUGUGCUAUUUUUAUCAAUAUCCAAAAGUGGAUGGGGCGAGAAACCCAAGCUAUCGACGUGUCUAAUGGCGCUGACGGAGGAUUUCGCGCGCGAUUGUGACGGAUUCGUGGCAUUUUUAUAGACAGCUGAUUAGCUAAAUGUUACAUUUUUACGCAAUCAAUGGGUUCUUUAGUUAUUCUAGUGAACAUUGGAUGCAAUAAAUAGUCGAUUUUAUCAUUAUUUCGUGUCUAAAAGUGCUCAAGAAAAAAAUCUCCCGCCAAUCAGCAGGGGGCACGCUGAAGGUUUACACCAUUGCCAGAGCGACUUAUACGCAAAUUUAGCAUGAUAUGUGGAACUUAUGGGUGCCUAUUGGAUCUAAAAUUAUACUAGAUAAACUCAGUUAUUGAAAAAAUUCGGAUUUGUGCUCUCAAUACAGUUGUCAAGUGACAUAACCCUAUUUGCAAUGUGAACAAGACAUGCGGUUAUUUUAGGCACAGGAGAUAGAGUGCCAGCGUUUUUGUCCCACCUACAAUGGCACAAACUGGUUCUUCCAGUGAAGACAAUGAGAGACGUAUGAACUUAAAACGUAAAAGGAACUCCUGUGACGAUGAGGUUGAAAAUAUGCCUCCGGCGAAAAUGUCGUCCAAAUUAGAAGAAGAACUGUAUGACCAACCAGCACACAAUGUUGUUGUGGAAUCCUCAUCCUGUUCCAGCGAUGACGAAGGAUAUGGAAACCUAGACCAGCCUAGGAGUGUUUAUACUGACUUAGACUUUAACGCUGACAGUUUGUUGAGCCCACAAAGCAUACCUGAAUUGCCCAAUUGUGUGUUGAGUCCAUUAGAAAAUGUUGCUAGAGGAGAGUCCACUCCUCAUUCAAACAAGAGACAUAGGAAUGAAUUAUACCAGAACUACAAUUCCAGUACAAAUAAAUCUGAGUACUCCCUGCUGCCCAAACGCAAAUGUCCCCUGCCCGGGCUGUCCUGGGCCGACCCCUCAGACGUGUGGAACAGCAUGUGUGAGUGUGACGCCCGCUCCAAGACCAAGAAGAGCCCCAACAUGUUUGACAGGCACCCUAAUCUGCAGCCACGCAUGAGGGCCAUCCUUCUGGACUGGCUCAAUGAGGUGUGCGAGGUGUACAAACUGCACAGAGAGACGUUCCACCUGACUGUAGACUACGUGGACCGGUAUCUAACCACCACAAAAGACGUGCACAAAGGCCAGUUGCAGCUAAUAGGCAUAACGUGUCUCUUCAUAGCUGCGAAGGUCGAAGAGGUAUACCCACCGAAGAUUGGCGAGUUCGCGUACGUGACAGACGGCGCGUGCACGUCAGAAGAGAUCCUGAUCGAGGAGCUGCUGAUAUUGCGGGAACUGUCGUGGAGCAUCACGCCAAUAACUAUCAACAGCUGGCUAAAUGUAUACAUGCAGCUGGCCAGUGAAGGGCGGAGUGCGAAACGGAGGCUACUAGGCGAGAGCGACGUGGGCGCGAACGCUCUCCGCGGCUACACGUUCGUCUUCCCGCAGUAUUCGUCGCUAGAGUUCGUGGUAUGCGGGCAGCUCAUCGACCUGGCCGUGCUACACGUGGACGUGAACCGCCACUCGCACAGCGCCGUGGCCGCCGCCGCCAUCGCGCACUCCUUCAACAAGGACCUGGCGGUGCGGGUCUCGGGCUACAGCUGGGAAGCGAUCGAGCCGUGCUACGCGUGGCUCGCACCAUUCGUGCGCGUGGUGCGGUCGGAAGGCGCCGUGUGCGUGGUGCGCGGCGGCGACGGCGAGUUCGUGCAGCGCGGCGCCGGCCUGCAGCUCAUCUGCCCCGACCUCAACAUGGACGAGAGCCACCGCAUCCAGUCGCACAACGUCUCGCUCGACAUGUUCGACAAAGUAUCCCAACAACUACUAGACCAAGCCACGUCACAAACGGACCCCGGAGCGUCGACAUCCCACGACACGGAGCACAUCUACCCACCCACACCGCCGCAGUCCGACCAGAAGAGCCCCACGACCCCCACCACCAAAACUCCCUCCACCAGGCACCAGGCGGAGUUCAUAUCGCACCAGGAAGAGUUCACCAGGCACCAGGAGGAAUCCACCAGGCACCAGGACUUGGUAUAUACGGACGUGGAGUGAGCAGGUACAAUGCAGUUCGAUAUAGUAGGCACAUUCCUGCAGGUCACAAGUACAGGAAAAUUCACUCAAACAACUUGCCAUUAUUAUGGCGCAAGUACACUAUGCGGGACAUUGAUCGAGACGUAUAGUGUAAACACGCACUUUGGUUAGUUUCGCCGUGUGUCGCCCAUUUUUCGGUGUGCGGGAACGCUCGCGCGCUUCGUCUCGGUCAAUUUCCCGCAUACUGUACUUGCGCCAUAAAGUCACAUUAGUGUGGUCUACUGAACGACUGCCGCUAGGCUUUAUUCAGAUCUAAAAAUUGGUCAAACGGACAUU